ACCCGCAUGAUUUUGUUCUUGUGAAGCUUAGUUAGCAUUCAGCAGCAGUACCUAUUGGCGCUAUGGACCCGCAUGGGCAUGGAGGACCAGGUGGAGGAGGCCCUGGAGGGUGGGGUCCGGUACCACCUGGAGGGCCUGGAUUUCUCGGUGGGCCUGGCCCUGGUUCUUGGGGGCCUGGAUUUCCGGGUGGCUUUGGCCCUGAUUCUUGGGGCCCUGGAUUUCUCGGUGGCCCUGGCCCUGGUUGGGGAUCUGGAUUCGGUGGCUUUUUCGGAUCCUGCUUCUAUCAUCUCUGCUGCUGCUGCCUGCUCCAGGACUGUUGUGGCCCUCUAUUCGGACACCCAGGCCCAGAUGGUCCACCACCCCCUUUAUGAUAGCCUGCCGAGCUGGGACCUUAUCUACGGCGAGAAACUAUUCCUGGGCUAAAUAUAUUCACUGAAGAACCCACAUGGGUGAAUAUAUUACAUCUUGGAUGUUUCCCUUGCUACUAUGUAAAUACUAGUGAAAAUAAGUAAUGGUCUUUGUAUGUCUCUGUUGGGGAUCGUUGCUUCAGUCUUAGCCUCUUAGGUAGUACCGGGUACUAGUGUUAUUUCGGAUACUGAAUGCAAUUAUCAGGGUUCUCUAAACUUUGUAGUACCUUACUGAUGCAUUUCACCGCCCAGCAUGUGAGAUAAGCUACAAUCUCAUGGUAGUUCACAAACAGACACGGUGACACCAACCGGGGUAAAUAAGGCAGAAACUGCACCGGAUGAUCUCUCUAGCCAGCAUCAACCCAUCCUGGAGCUAGUAAUCCAUUCCAGAGGGUUCUUUUUUAUUGUAUUAAUUAGACUUUUGCAAUGAAAAUGUAUUUAACCCUUGAAGCAUUGUUGAAGAGAGAUUUUCCCCUA